AUGCGCAGUCUUGCUGCGGAAGUCCUGUUUGGGGCCGCCGGCUCAGCCAUGGCGCUGUCACCCCUGGAGACCUUCUAUCCCCCGGCACUGAACCAAACCGCAUACAUCUCCAACAGCUCCGUAGGCACAUAUGGUGGCCUCUACAAGGCUUCGACCCACGGCCCGGCCGGGGGCAAGCCCUAUGGGAUCUACGACUACUGCUCGAUGCCUCACCCGCGCAGUCAGGAGUACCAAGAGCCAGGACCUGUGGCCGAGGGUUCCGUCAAGGGCAAGCUGGUUUAUCUGGAAUAUAUGCAGCGCCAUCAACGACGGACGCCGUACAAUAUCCUCCCGGGUGGCGAGGAUCAGCCUUAUCAUUGUGAUGAUGUUCGCACGUAUCUCUAUGCGGGUCCAAGUAAGGAGAGCGAUUUCCAGCCCAUGCCCAUGUACGCGCAGACGUACCAGGACCCUACCAACCCGUUUAACACCGGCGUGAACGGGACGUGUCAAUUCCCCCAGAUUACUAUCGGCGGUGUUGAGGAUGGUUAUCAGCAUGGCAAAGACCUGUGGAGUGUGUACAGUGAGAAGCUUGGUCUUCUCCCCAAGCAACCGAAUGAGCGUGUGUGGUUCCGUUCCAGCGACUCGGCUCUGACACAGGAUUCUGCUGGUGCAGUUCUUCGUGGUGUCUGGCCCGAGUUCAAGGGUGCUCUGCCCUUGCACCAGAUGGUGACUUCCGUCGACACGGUCAACGAGGGUUAUUCCUGUGACGCUGUUAGCGCCACUCUGAGCCAGCUCCAGUCUACCGACGAGUGGAAUGAACACAUCACAGUGACCAAGGAGCUGCGAAAAAAGCUUGGGUCUAUGUUCGGGGCUACAUCAAGCUCAUGGCAAGAAACAUUCGAUCAUUUCUCCGACAAUUUCCAGGCCAGACUGUGCAACGGCUACCGCCUCCCUUGCAGUGUUUCUAACUCGAGUGAAUGCGCUACACACCAAAUGGCAGAGGAGGUAUUCCGCGCCGGUGACUGGGAGUGGAAUUACUACUGGCGAACAAACCCUUACGUGGCCAAGUACAUUCAGGUCGUCGAGGGUCUUUUUAUUGGCGAGCUUAUCGCCCGUCUUAAGGCUGUGCAAGAGGGAAAAUCGUCUCUUGACUAUAGUCAUAUUUUCAUCCAUGAUGGUGAUCUCGGUCCUAUUCUUGGAUCCUUGGGUAUUAAUGCUCUUCGCUGGCCCGGCAUGGCUUCUAACAUCGCCUUUGAGGUCUGGAAAACCGAUGCGAAGGAGGAGUCCCUCUACGCUCGCGUCCUGUACAGCGGUCACCCUCUGCAAACUAUUCAUGGCUCGCUGGACUGGGUUCCACUCUCGCAACUCAUUGAUAUCAUUAGCCCCUAUGUCCCAGAUGAUAUCACUUCCCUGUGUGGAUAA